UUGACAGGUAUUAACUAUCGCAAAAUUUGAAGGAAUAAUUUGAAUGUCCAAGGCAAGAAAACAUUAACACCCCUAUAGCACAUAAUGGUAUCUUCUAUACUAACUAGCAAUUUGUUUCAGUCCCACUCGUUCGAUUAGCUGCUAGUACUAUACUGUAAUUGUCGACUGGAUUUACACUGCACUGCACUGCACGUCAUUGGUAAUGUUGAUCUUAACUUAACCUGCCUGAAAUUUCUAACUGCAAUAUUACCAAAGUUUGACUAAAUUUUAACCUUUAUUAUGGCCAAUGGAGAAAUGAACCACCCCGAGCCUUUGGAACGACAUGUGGGCAAUGAAGAGGAGGAGGAAGAAAAUCAAGAAAACAAUGUCGCCGUCGUCGGUGGAGAUUCAGAAGAGGAAAACGAUAUGUCAACAUCAGAGCAAGAUGAACUUCUUGAAGAGAUUUCAGAGCAAGAUUACUCAGCCCUAGAUCGGACCUUAGACCAAAUUGAUUCCUGCCUGGACCAACUGGAUCAGAAGAAUGAUGACCUGAAUGUUAAGCUGAGGGCGUUGCUGGCAGCUAGCCGUCAGGAAUACGAGGAACUUACCGCAGCCAGGACAGCGGGAGAUGCUGCAGGGUCGACUGAGGGCCAUUAACAGGAAGAUUCGUCUG